AUGACAAACUCCUGCCGAUUGUUCACCACAGAAUACAGACGCAAUUUUGUGAAACACAAAUUGAAACCGGUGGAUAAUCUCAGGAUAAUUCAAGGUGGUGGAUUCGAGGAACGCAUAGAGGAAGGACAAAUUGACCCUCGUAUAGCAUCGAUUCCUAGUCAACUGGAUGAUGCUGCUGAACAAUUAGUUUACAAUCACCGUCUUGAUUAUCUGAGAUCUGUUUAUCAAGUCACCUUCACUAAUCCUUGGUUGCCACGGUCUAAGAGACAUAUCGCCAAAGAAAAACCGGAAGAAAAGGAUUUCGAAAAUGAAUUAGUUGCGUACAUUCAUGAUCUUUAUUUCGAUCCUCACAAUGAGAAGGUUCUUGCUCCUCCGGUGACUACGAAACGAGGUAAACCUUUCGUUCAAGUUGAAAUACUUAAUAUUGAAAACAAUCUGAAUCAAGUAUCCUCAUGUGACACUUUGUAUAAUUUAUACUUUAAUUGAAUUUUAGUAUAUCCUUUUUUGCUUUCGAUCGAAUCAUUUAAUAUGUGUUCUUACUAUGUGUGUGUUUAGUACUUGGGUACAUGAGACCGUUACUACUACAUGGAGGCCUUUCAAUGUAUCAAGAUACUUUUGGUCGUACAGGAGC